AAAAUAACAAAACUAAGAGCACGAUAAGUAGCCAUCAACCUAAUUCCUUGGAAAGUAAGAGUAACUUUAUUGUUGCAAACAAGAGGCCCAAAAUUUAGAUCCACUGCAACAAUUUCAAACUUUUUUCCUUAGAAAGAUGGAAUUAGUUUGAGUGGUGGUUUUUAGGUGAGGCAAAACUUCAGUGACCAUAUAUGUAAAUAUGUAAUUGAUCUUCACUCUACUUUAGUGACCAUAUAUGGAAGGACAGGCGCCUGUUUCCGCCAGCCAUGCAAACUUUUGGCAUCCCAAAAGAAAGAGAAUCAACUGACUGAUCCCAAGCUAGCUAAAAUCGGAUAUGGUUUUCAACAGCCAACAGCUUCAUCAGAGCUCAGAGUCCUCCUCAUCGUCACCAGCGUCCAACGGCAGCGGCACGCCUUCGUUGCCGGGAAAUCACAGCCACCACCAGCUGGCGGCGGAGGUGCCGAAGAAGCGGACCGGGAGGAGGGUUUUCAGGGAGACGCGCCACCCGGUGUACCGAGGCGUGAGGCGCCGGAAAGGCAACAAGUGGGUCUGCGAGCUCCGCGAGCCCAACACCGGGACACGUGUCUGGCUCGGAACUCACGCCACCCCGGAAAUGGCGGCCCGAGCUCACGACGUGGCGGCACUGGCGUACCGCGGGAAGUCCGCCUGCCUCAACUUCGCCGACUCCGCCUGGCGCCUCCCCGUUCCCGCCUCCGCCGAUCAAGACGACAUCAGGAGCGCGGCGGCGGAGGCCGCUGAGAUGUUCCGCCCCGGCGGCCCCGCGACGCCGGCGGAACAGGAAGAGGAAUGUAAGGACAACGGUGAUGAUAGCAGCAACGACACUAAAGUGGAGGCUGAGGAGGAAGAGCUGGAGAUGCCGAGGUUGCUGUCGGAAAUGGCGGAAGGGCCGCUGCUGUCCCCGCCGCCGAGCUAUGGAUAUGGAGGCGGGCGGGGAGGCGUGGAGGAGAGCUGCGACUGCGAUUGCGACGCUAAUGGUGGGUACGAUUGGACGUUAUGGAAUCAUUAGUUAGCUAGGGUUACUACUGUUGGGUGUUUGUUUGUGGACUACUCAAAGAAAAGAAGCCAUCGAGUUGCUGAGUGAGAGUGUGAUCUGAUAUUCAUUUAUAUGUAAUGUAAUGAGUGUGGGCGCCGAGGGGCAGUGGUCAGAGAUUCUGAGCCAAGUGAUAGGAAACAAAUAUUGUCGUUUUCU